UUACAUUCUACUCUGUCAUGCAUAUGAAAUUGAUGAUCCUAAUUUCUUUAUUGCUAUUCCUUGAGAAUUUGUCUCCUGAAAUAAUCCCUGACUUCCCACAGAACUAAAGAAAACCAUAAUCAGUCGAUAAUGUAACAAUUGUUCUGUAUACAAUAGUUCCCAUCAAUUAUCCAAUGAAGCAGUUUUUCCUGUUACAGGGGCAGUAUGAUUUUCUACAUGAGGUGUUAGGGCUAGCCUUUCUACAGCUGUCAAUGGACUACCACAAUUGCUGAGUAUCUCACAUAGCAUGAAGUGAAUCAGUGUCUAAACAUGAAGAAGCAGUGUCCUAAACAUGGAAUAAGCAGUGUUGUAAACUUAUGAGCAACAGAACACCAAAUAUGGAAGAAGCAGUGUUCCAAACAUGGAAUAAGCAGUGUCUAAACUUUAAGAAGCAGUGUCCCAAACAUGGAAUAAGCAGUGUCAUAAACGUGAAAGAUACAGUAUCCUAAGUAUGGAAGAAACAGUGUUGUACAUUUAAGAGAAGCAAUGCAUCAAGCAUGGAAGAAGCAGUGUCCCAAGCAUGGAAGAAGCAGUGUCCCAAACACAGAAGAAACAGUGUCCCAAGCAUGGAAGAAGCAGUGUCCCAAGCAUGGAAGAAACAGUGUCCCAAACACAGAAGAAGCAGUGUCCCAAACACAGAAGAAGCAGUGUCCCAAACAUGGAAGAAGCAGUGUCCCAAACACAGAAGAAACAGUGUCCCAAGCAUGGAAGAAGCAGUGUCCCAAGCAUGGAAGAAGCAGUGUCCCAAACACAGAAGAAGCAGUGUCCCAAACACAGAAGAAGCAGUGUCCCAAACAUGGAAGAAGCAGUGUCCCAAACACAGAAGAAGCAGUGUCCCAAACAUGGAAGAAGCAGUGUCCCAAACACAGAAGAAACAGUGUCCCAAGCAUGGAAGAAGCAGUGUCCCAAGCAUGGAAGAAGCAGUGUCCCAAACACAGAAGAAGCAGUGUCCCAAACACAGAAGAAGCAGUGUCCCGAAGAAGCAGUGUCUCAAGCAUGGAAGAAGCAGUUUCCCAAACACGGGAGAAGCAGUGUCCCAAACAUGGAAGAAGCAGUUUCCCAAACACAGAAGAAGCAGUGUCCAGAAGAAGCAGUGUCCAGAAGAAGCAGUGUCCCAAGCAUGGAAGAAACUUUCUUGAGAAAUAUAUGCCAUUUCAAUAUCAACUGCUGUGUAUCAUAUUUUUCAGUUUCUUUUCCUCAUCUCAUAUCUAAGAAACAUUACUACCUUCUUUUAAUA